AGCUCAUCAACUUCCGAACUACUGUCAACCCUUUAAUCUAUUUCGAAACCCACCUUGCGAUCAGCGACGAGUCUCUAUCAAUACCGACGGUUUCUAUCAUCGAUCUACGAAUUCCCUUUUUCUCGAAACAAUCGAAUCAUUCGAAGUUAUGGAGGAAGACCGCCUCUGGAAGUUCCGCCGGCCGGAAUGGCUUAAUAGCGCUUGGGCGCGCAGCGCGGGCGUCUACUCUGCGGGUGCUCUGUUCUCGCUCGCGUUCUACAUCCUGAUCGACGCGGCGGUGUGGUCGAAGUCGUCGCUCAACGGGUCGGACGUGCACGUCACGUUCGUGGAUUGGCUGCCGCUUAUCUUCUCCUCCCUCGGCAUGCUGAUCAUCAACUCCGUCGAGAAGGCCAGGCUGUCCGCAGACUCGUUCUCGUAUUCUGGCUCCGGCGUCGCGUGGAAGGCUCGCGUGGUUCUGUUCCUGGGGUUCGCGGCCCUGGCCGGUGGUAUGGCUGGUGGUGUUACUGUGUUCGUGCUUAAGUUCGUCGUCCCGAAUGUCGAGUGGCCGAUGAUGGGCAUGGGUGUGGAGAAUGUCGUUGCGAAUGGUUUGGUUAUGCUCAGCUCGGUUGUGCUGUGGGUUAGUCAGAAUAUGGAGGAUGAGUAUAGCUAUAACCUGUCGCUGUGAAGGAUCGAGAUCGAUGACGACAGGUCGAUCUGUUGAUUACCCCUGGCCGACGAUGGGGUGUGCUCGGUCGAUGAAUUAAUACGCGAGGAAGCCCCGGGGCUGCGAACACCGGGCUUGGAAUUCUAAGGGCGGAAGCAGAGCUAUAUCCCUCAGAAUGUCUGGUUGUGGGAGAUUGAUUGAUUCAUUGCUUGUACAGUACUACGGACGCAGCAUUGCGGCAUACUGGAGGAUUAGGCUAGGCGAAGCUAGGCGUGCGGUAAUCCAUUACUUUGUUUACUUGAUUUAUGCGCUUUCGUAUUACUCGGAUAGUAUUGGUUACGAUGUGUGGUCUACUAUUGUCCUAAUAAAGAGUUCUGGGCGUGGUUCUAGUCGGAGAUUGAAUCAGAUUACCAGCUAGUCUUUCUUCUACGAAGCAAUCCGGUCUCGUAAGAAAAUGGCAUCGGUUG